UUAUCAUCUGUUCGCGGACAACAAUACACUUUUAGCACCAAAAUCUUCACAGAGUGAGAGAAAGAAAAAACAAACGGUCCGAGGCCCGGGAAGCUGGAGCCGGAUCCGAUCGCUCCCACCAGCUGGUCCAGAGAAGAAGAAAAAGAAGCGCGGUCUUGGUAGGUCAGAUCAGUGCAGUGCGUGGCACACAAACUCGGCCAGUAGCUGUGCGUGUCCGUUUGCCACGGAUUCUACCUCGAGCUCACGCUACUGUCCCCGAUAGCAGAGCAAGUAAAAACCGACGUGGGAGGACGAGCGAUAACACACAGAACGCACAAAAACCGUCGCUCCACUUCCGUCCCGGAGAGACCGCCCAUCCCACACUCCUUCCCUCACCCCGAUGACGAUCUACAAUUUGUACAUCUUCGACAAGCUUGGCACCCUGUUGUAUUACGGCGAAUGGAACCGGCUGAAGCAAUCGGGCAUCACCAAAGAUGAGGAAGCGAAGCUGAUGUACGGCAUGCUGUUCUCGAUCAAAUCGUUCGUCAGCAAAGUGUCGCCGGUGGAGCCGAGGGAGGGCUUCCUCUACUACAAAACGAACAAGUACGCGUUGCACUACCUGGAGGUACCGUCCGGGCUGAAGUUCGUCCUCAACACGGACAACACGUCGACCGGCAUCCGGGAGUUUCUACAGAACGUGUACACGAAGAUAUGGGUUGAGUAUGUCGUCCGGAACCCGCUUUGGACGCUCGGUACGCCCGUCACGUCCGACAUCUUUAAGACAAAGCUGGAUGAGUUCGUGAAGCAGUCGCCCCUGUACGGUUCCAAAAUUAUCUAACCGCUCGUGCCGUGUACACAGAGAGAACAUGUCCUCCCGGCCACCCAACCCAAUCCUUUCCGCAAAAGAAAAACAUCUCGCCCAACCCCCCAUUUAGUAAACUUUCCGCUGCUUCCGGUACUCGGUCAGCCACUUCUGUAUGUUCUGCACGUGGACGGCACGGGCUCGCGUCACGGAUGCCG